UCAUCUUCUCUUCACCAUCUCACACUUCAAAGUCUCUAUAUACUCUAUAGUUACAGUGUGAAAAUUAUUUUCCAACAAUGGCUGAUUCAGUCUCUUCUAAGAGAAUGUGGUGUUCUAUUCCCGAAAGGUUUCAACUGCAUGUGGCCAUGUUGGCCUUACAGUUUGGUUAUGCUGGUUUUCAUGUUGUCUCAAGAGCUGCCCUUAACAUGGGAAUUAGCAAACUUGUUUUUCCUGUUUAUAGGAACAUCAUUGCUCUUCUUCUACUUCUUCCAUUUGCAUAUUUUUUGGAAAAGAAGGACAGACCACCGAUUAAUUUCAAUUUUCUCUGCCAGUUCUUUUUUCUAGCACUUAUUGGAAUUACAGCAAAUCAAGGUUUCUACUUGCUUGGUUUAGAGAACACAACUCCAACCUUUGCAUCAGCAAUACAAAAUUCUGUCCCUGCCAUAACAUUUCUCAUGGCAGUAAUAUUAAGAAUAGAGCAAGUGAGACUGAAUAGAAAAGAUGGAUUGGCCAAAGUGGCAGGAACAAUAUUCUGUGUGAUUGGUGCAACUGUGAUUACAUUAUACAAGGGUCCAACAAUAUAUACUCCAAGUAAUCACGUAAAUAGUACUGCAACAUUGAUAACAGAAGUAACAACAACACCAAUGAUUGAUUUUGGAACAUGGUCUUUGGGUGAUGCUGAGGGAAAAAACUGGACACUUGGAUGUGUUUAUCUUAUUGGUCAUUGUUUGUCUUGGUCUGGUUGGCUUGUGUUUCAAGCACCUCUCCUUAAGAAGUAUCCUGCUCGUCUUUCUGUCACUUCUUAUACGUGUUUCUUCGGUCUCUUGCAAUUUCUUGUUAUUGCUUUGGUUUGCGAAAGAAAUGCUCAAGCUUGGUUAUUUCACUCUGGCGGCGAAGCUUUCACCAUUCUAUACGCCGGAGUGGUGGCAUCUGGAAUUGCUUUUGCAGUACAAAUAUGGUGUAUUGAUAGAGGAGGUCCAGUGUUUGUUGCUGUGUAUCAACCUGUUCAAACUUUUGUUGUUGCUAUUAUGGCUUCUAUUGCUUUAGGAGAAGAGUUCUACUUGGGAGGGAUCAUUGGUGCAGUGUUGAUUGUUGCUGGACUAUACUUUGUUUUGUGGGGUAAAAGUGAAGAGAAGAAAUUUGCUAAGGAACAGCUUGCAAUUGCUUCAUCCACUACAGAACAUAGCAUCAUUAGGCCUACAAGUGUUGCUAAAGGAUCAUCACUUAAUCAACCAUUUCUCUCUUCAUCAAAUGAAAAUGUUUGAUCAAUGAAUUAAGUUAAUUACUACUAUCUUAUGUUAUGAAGUUUGUGUGUGAUGUGAUCCAAUGUUUUUUAUUAUUAUUAUUUAGAAUGUGAGUUUUUUUUAUAGGAAUAUUGUAAUAGUGGAUGUCACUUAAAAUGGGGCCUAGAGCCUUAUGAAAUGAGUCCCAUAUGGUUUGAUUUAUGGAGAGAAAUUAUUUGAGAUUUUUA